AUGUGGUCUGUAGAAGUUGCUUCUAUCAUAGGAAUUAAUCUGGAAGCAAAUUGCUCUACUGAUUCUCCUUCAUUCUGUUUGCAUAUGCUUAGAGCUUUGAAGAUUAGCUCACGAUUUUGUGUUGUGUCUAAAUUUUCUUUUAUUUUGUUAAUGGCUCCCUCGAGAGUUGUUUUUUCAGCCUGGGGUAUUUUGUCAAAUAUUCUUCGUGCCUUCCCGUCUAGACAUACUUUGAGGCGGGCAAUUUUAUCACUUUCACUCCAUUUACCAUUGCAUUCGAUUAUGUCUUUGAAUUUCCUCGCCCAGUUUCCGAACUCAAUUACUGAAUUGCCCGCAAAAAUUGUGAAUGUUGGAGAGUUCUCUGUCGAGAGCAUAUUAAUAUAAUGGAAUCCCUCAGGAUUUUUAUAAAAUUCGUUUGUGACUCCCUCAGGAGUUUUGAUUGUAUUAUUGCUUUUUAAAUAAUGUAAGGAUCUUUCCUCAUAAGGAAAAAAAGACAUUGAAUUAGUCGAGAUUGGAAU